AAUAUCUACUAGCUAUUUACUGAAAAAUGAAAAAAAAAGUGUCAAAACAUUUGUUUCCUAAAAGGAAAAAAAAAAAAUUUUUAAAUAUUUUUUGUUUAUAAAUGUAUUAAAACCAAUCAUUAAAUUUGUAUGUAUGAUGUCAAACCCCAUCCAAAUGAUCAAAUCCUUUUACUGUAUUAUAAAUUUGUCUUGUUUAAACAUAGAAAUGCAAAAAAAAGGAUCACAAAAAAGAAUGAAGAUCAAUCAAGAAAACCGUUUGUACAGACAAAACCGAUAAUGAUCACCAGAGAAUCUCAGACUGAUCCUGUAGUCAUUAAGGAUGUUGUUGGUGUACUAUCAUUGCCUAAUUCACCCAUAGCUACAUCCACACCUUAUGUUAGUGAAGGAGAAUCAACCCCACUUUGUCAAAGUGAUGGAGAUAAAACAUUUAAUCCAGAUGACACAUAUCUUUCGUUUGACAGUGAUGACAGCAGUGCAUCAAAUAGACCUGCAGACGAAAAGAAAUAUAUUGUUUUUGAAGCUCAGCUUCUGAGUCUUUUCACAAAAUGUCAAUCUUGCAAUGCUGAGACAAAGGGAAAGAUUGUACAUAGGAUUGGUACAUUUAUUGUGAUACACAAGCAAUGCAGAAUUUGUGAUUACACCAAAGAAUGGAGCAGCCAAUCUAUGGUGAGAGAUACACCAGCAGGGAAUAUGCUAAUGUCAGCUUCUCUACUAUACUCUGGGUCCUGCAUGUCAAAAUCCUUGCGAAUGCUAAAAUUCCUUAACUUGGUAUCAAUUUCUGAAAGAACAUUUUACAGACAUCAGGACAUUUUCUUACAUCCAUGUAUCACCACUGUAUGGCACAAUGAAAGAUAAAAGUCUUUAAAAGCAGGUAAAUGCUCUGAAUCCUUGGUGUUAGGAGGUGAUGGAAGAGCCAACAGUCCCGGCCAUACUGCUAAGUUCGGCUCUUACUGUCUGAUGGAGCUAAAUAAAUACAAGAACUGUUUAGAUGAUUUUAAUAUUUCAAAAAACGGCAAUAAUUACAAUUAGUUAUAUAUUAACUUUAUAUUAUAGAAACCAUAGUGUGUCAAAGACAGUGAUACAGGCCUAAUAUUCAAACUUAACUUAUGCAACUCUUGGAGAUGUACUCUUAAAACUGAUUUUAAAAGUUUGCACUUAAGUCUCUGUGUAUAAUGAAUCCUACUCCUCCUUGACUAUUUUCAUUCCCUCUGGUGUAGAGUAUAUUCCCAUUUUUCGGUUGAUCUAGGUUCUCACCAUUCGUCACAGCAUUCGUCUCGUUCUUCACAAUCACGUACCAACUAUGCGCACACGUUUAUUAGCUAGAAGUUCACAGUUUGAUUUAAAAGAUAAAUUGCUUAAGUUGGAAGAAAAACUAGCGGCUAUGAAAGUGGAAUUGGAAUUUUCGGAUGAGGAAUCGAAAUUGCAACAAUUGCAUCUUGAUAAUGAGACUAUGUUGAAGCAACUUUAUCAAAAAAUAGAACUGGCUAAACACAGGCUGUUUUGGAAAAGGUAAAAGAAUUUGAUUCUGAUUCAGUUACGCCAUUCAUGGAAUUACCCAGCCAGCCGGCUGAUGUUAGGGUCCAACAGUAUGUCGAUCUAAUACCAAAGGAUUUGACUACUAAUAAUGAACAUAGUGCAGUACAUAUCGCAUCAUUAUCUCAAUCUAUGAGUGAAUUCUUCAUCAUUUGUAAAGUCACAAUCUACGAUAGCACAGAUUUCACCACCUUGUGUGCAAUCUCAACAUAGGAUAACUCCGAUUCCACCAUCAUUGUGUUCAAUCUCAAACCAUGACUGUGCCUAUUUUAUCACCAUUUGUUCAACCUCAAGAGGUUAUUUAGCCACAGCCAUUUAUGCAUGAAUCUUGAGUUAUAAAACAUUUGAUUCAUUAAGGCUACCGAGUGUACAUGUUGAAAAAAUUUAAUGGUAACCCUUUAAAAUAUCUUAUUCUCAUCCAAAUUCUCAUCGUUGAUUGAGGCUAAAGCAGUAUCAGUUAAUGAGUAAUUAAACUUACUAAGCCAACAUCUUUCGGGAGAGCAUCUUGCUAUGAUCAGCAAUUAUACGUUACUUACAAUCGUAUUACCUUGCAUGCAAGGAACUGAAAGCUAGAUACGGAGAUAAUGCUGUUCUCUGCAAAUUAUAAAAGUGAUGAAACAUACUAACUAAAUCGUGUAUGUAGCGCCGGGUACUGAAAUAAAAAAAAACAAAAUUGAGGGCGACUUGCCCUCCUUUUCCAAAUUUGUCCUCUUCCUUGUGGUUUUUCUUCUUCCCAGUUGGCAUUGUUUUCCAAAUUUAAUGGAGAUCACCACAUCCCCAAUGUUUUUUUGGUGUUGAUUUCUUUUUACAGUCAUUGUUUAGUGUUAAGAAAAAAAAUUGAAUGAGGAGACACAAUAGAAGCGGAAGGAAAACAAAUUUAAACAGGGAAGAGUGUAGUAGUGCCAGUGCAUCGUCACAUGACAUAACGGGACUUACUUUUUGGUACUACUUAUAACUAUACAUUACUAUAGGGCCUAUUGCACUGCUUUCCUACAUCAGGUUGUUACAAGAAGCUACAUUGAUAAGAGCUUGUUUAUAGUACUUAAGUGUAUAGAGAUUGAGAUAGAAUACCCGUUUUUCUCUAUAUCUGUUGCUAUUUAUUUGGAUUGUCAAUGAACACGUAGGUACCACAAUGUAGCCAAAAUAAACUGCUGUUUUUGUUUGACCAGGGAGUCUGCAAUAAUUUAAUGACAACUCCCUGAAGAUAAAUAAUGAUAUAUCUAAAAUAGAGGCUUGUUGGUUGUCGACCGUGUUUCAUCUGGAAUUCUCAUUUUCCAUUUUCAUAGAAUCACUUUCACUUGAGUUGCGCAUGAUCUAAUUGUUGCAUACAAAAGUUUGAUUUUCCUCAUUCUAUUUUUUCAUACCCUAUUCGCAGAUGCUGUUCGGUAGUUUCGAAUGCUGAAUAAUUACAUGAGACCUCAUUGGUUACUGCACAUACUCGACGUCAUUGAGUGCAUGCUCACUGUUUUGCCAGCAUUCCCCAGCGCAUGCUAACUGUGUUUUACAUGGACAUUUUUUGGUAACUGAGCAUGUGCACUGUUACCAAAUUCUCAUUUCUUCUACUUGCAUGUACAGGUUCAAACAAAGAAAACGAUGUUCGUUUACUUUUCAAUAUGAUAGCAUUAAGUGUAACCACUGAACCUGAUAAAACACACAAAAUAUUAAUCAGUGGUUUAAUACACUAGUCCCCAAUGACCAGUAACGGAACUCUAAGCGAGUAAGUAAGUAAGUAUUCAUAUACUGUACAUCCAUCCUCAUCAAGAAUGAAGAGUGGCCAGUUAGAUCUAGAAUGAGCUGGAUAAUGUAACAAAUGAACUAUAUAGCUGGGAAUAAAAGACAGCAGAACACAGGCGUGUCCCUUGACAUUUGACUUUAUUUUUUAGCUUACAAUACUGUCUACAGAGACAGGCAUUUAUUUCAUUGGUUAAUUGAUUGCCCUAGUUUAUUGUUAAUGUCAUUUACAUAAAUACAUAAAUGCAUUUCAAUUAUCUAAAAUUAACAUUAUCAAAUAACAUUACUGUACCAGUAUGAUACCUUAAAAUGUUCUUAACACUCGUAAUAAACUUAAUUGACAAUAAACUUAAUAAAAUAUUCUCAGUUAUUCCUUAAGUAAAAACUUACAAAUUAUACUUAAGUGACAAACAGAUAUUUUGCUAUAUCUCAAUUAUUGGUCAAUAUGCAAAAAGUAAUAUUUGUAUCAAUGAAAAGGAAUAGUUUCCUACAUGAACUAAAAUAUAAGUUUGCUUAUAACUCAUAUCAUGUUUAAAUGUCAUGCAUAUUUAGAGUACACAAAUAUAUUUUUAUAACCUGGUAAUCACAUGAAAAGGAGGAAAAAUGUAAUAAUCCAUUACAUAUGGUUUAUAUUGACACAUGUUGGAACAAGAGUUAACAAUGAGCUACUGUAAUAGCAACAGGCACAUGUGUCUGUAUGAUAAUCUUUAUUUUAAGAUGAAAGAAGACGUGAACUUGAUUUUUAGUAUUUCAACUGCCAUGAAAUUACAUUGUUGCAAUAAUUCACGUGGAAAUCUUUCUUACACAUACCAUCCCACAUCAUUUCAAUUAUAGUGAAAUAAAUCCAAUUAUGUGUACUUAUGAUAAUUAUACCUAUACAGUACUUUAAUAAUUUUUACCUGACUGAAGUGAAGAAAACUAGGAAUAAGAAACAAUUAAGUAGCUAGAACAAAACUAAAUUAUUCCUUAUUAAACUUAAUACUAUCUUUAUUAUCUUUCAGUACAUUUUAAUCUAAAAUACAAUUUUCAUUGAUAAUGUCAGGUUAAUAAAAUAGCUUAAACAAUGUAGAUUUUGCUUAGUAUUUACUUAAUAUUAAAUCAUAUUUUUAAGUGAGUUGCACAUUGAAGAUGAUAAUCUAAGUUUUUUUUUAAUGACUAUAGUUUAUUUCAACACAGUUUUCACCAUCAUUGAUACAAUUAUUGUCACUCUUAUUGCUGGUAAUAACCUUCAAAUAAUACAUAAAUAAUAAUAAUAAUAAUAAAUAAAUAACAAAAAAGUGAUAAUAAUGUUAAAUAAUUAAAAAUAUAUAACAAUAAAAAUUACCACAUCAUGUAGCUUUUGAUUGCAAGACGACGUGACCCUGGGAUGGAUUCACUCAUCUGUGACGGUCCUGCGUUUUCUGCACAAAGUAGAUUCUACCUAAACUACAUCCUAGAAUUCAUACGCAGAGAACUAAUGUUGUCGCAUGGGCAGAUGAUUCCAUAAGACGCAAUUACAUUCUAGAUCUUGUGUUAUCAUGACAAUUAACAAUCAAUAAUAGAUGAUGAUAAUAAUGAUAUAAUAUGUAGUACCAAAAAACAAGCACAAAUUAUAACUGUUGUCGAAAACAUUCACCUUUAGUUGCCAACUCUCAUUAAGGCCUGUUUAUACUUCAUAUAGAAAACAAAAGAAAUAAGAAGUUAUACACUAGAAAGAUUCGAUAACGAUUUACCAGUUAUGCGAUAACAUAUUUUGACAAAUCAAAUCAGAUGAUGUCAUA